CUUGUAGCUAGCAGCCACCUUAAUUGAUGCACACAAUCCAAGACCAUUACUCCUUGCUGUCUUCAUCUCCAGUUAUUCACACACCCCGUUAAAUCACCCUGUCAAAAAUUUGAGCCUGGCCAUGGAGAUCCCUGCAGCAUUUUUUGUGGUGCCACUGGGAAUUCUCUUCUUAUUCUCAGGUCUAGUCGUCAAUCUCAUUCAGGCAUUUUUCUUCUCGACUGUGUGGCCCUUCUCCAAGAACAUGUUUCGGAGGAUUAAUAGUCAGGUCGCAGAACUGUUGUGGCUGGAGUUCGUUUGGCUUGCUGACUGGUGGGCUGGUGUUAAGGUUGAGCUGUAUACAGAUGCUGAAACCUUACAUUUGAUGGGGAAAGAGCAUUCACUUAUCGUAUGCAACCACAAAAGUGAUGUUGAUUGGCUAAUUGGAUGGAUUUUGGCUCAGCGAUCAGGUUGUCUAGGUAGCUCAGUACCCGUGACAAAGAAAUCAGCAAAGUUCCUUCCAGUCGUAGGCUGGUCUAUAUGGUUUUCAGGAGCUAUCUUCUUAGAAAGGAGCUGGUUAAAGGAUGAAAAAACUCUCAAGUCCGGUUUUCAACGGUUAAGGGAUUUCCCAAGUCCUUUUUGGAUGGCACUUUUUGUUGAGGGUACUCGCUUUACACAGGCAAAACUUUUGGCAGCCCAGGAAUAUGCAUCUUCAAUGGGACUGCCUUCUCCUAGGAAUGUUUUGAUUCCUCGAACCAAGGGUUUUGUUACAGCAGUAAGUCAAAUGCGUGAAUUCGUUCCUGCGGUAUAUGAUCUAACAUUUGCUUUUCCCAAAAGCUCUCCUUCACCUACAAUGCUAAGACUCUUAAAGGGGCAACCUUCUGUGGUUCAUGUUCACCUAAAGCGGCACUUGAUGAAAGAUCUGCCUGAAACGGAAGAUGCCAUUGCUCAAUGGUGUAAAGAUGUGUUUUUAGCCAAGGAUAAAUUAUUAGACAAGCAUGAAGCUUCUGGCAAAUUUGGUGAUGGAGAACUUCAAAGCCUUGGUCGGCCAUUGAAAUCUCUUGUGGCCAUGACAUCCUGGAUUUGUCUUCUCAUCUUUGUAAGCUUGAAAUUCUUGCAAUGGACAUCACUUUUAUCUUCUUGGAUGGGUCUUGCAUUUUCCGCAUUAGGCUUGGCUACAGUGACUGUUCUCAUGCAGUUUUUGAUACAAUUUACUCAGUCGGAGCGCUCGAGCCCUGCCAAUCUCUUAAUACCUCCCAAGCCAAGCCAGUGAGGACAAACAUAUUUAGCAACUAGUGACAUAAUUUUUAUGCAGUACACCAUACCUGAGCACCAGUGAAAGAUUUGGCUUUGUGACUUAUGUUUGAAAUGGAAAGAGUCUAGUUUAUGUCAUUGAGAUGAUCUCCGAUUUGACGAUAUUUUGGCGAUAAUUCGAAUUUUCUUUAUUGCAGCGUUGCCUGCAUCAAUUCACUUCAAGUUGUGAUCUGAUUGUCAUUCAAAUGUUUGAGCUCUAAUGUUUUUGAGUUGCA